CUCCAGUCUGUCUUUGUUUACGAGGGCGGUCGGGCGUUGCUCCGCGCGGCGCCGCACCGCGUUCGAAUUUUAAAAAUAAUUCCUAUUUGCCAUAUCGCGUCCAUAAAUCGCGCUAUAACGCUAUACCAGACAAUAUAAGCCGAUGACUCAUCGCACAUCCUAACCGAACUUUAUAAUUAAACACCGUUGUGAAUUGUGUAUUUUAGACACGUUUUAGUGUUAAACCGAACAAAAUAAACACUUAAACCGAAACCAGUCGCGCGCGUUCGAAAAGCAAACAAACCAAAGUCAAACCGAACUUUGCCCGUUACCGAACGUAGGUGAAUAAAAAAAUAAAUACAAAAAAAAAACAUGUGAGAUGGGUACCAGUAAAAUGGAUUGGCGCGAAAAACUUUUCGGUCGAGUGCUGGUGAAAUGCGACUCCCCGGGGACUCAGAGUGGUAAAUUCGAGAAUGUGGGGACUCUGGAAGCGCUGGCCGACUGCGUGGAGGACGGCGAAGGCGCCGUGUGCGGGAUCUACUUCUCGUUCGCUAACAUCAGCGACGCUAGCGACGACUUCGGGGUCCGGCUGGAGGAGGUGUACCGGCGCGUGGCCCCGCGGCUGCGGGUGGUGGAAGUGGUGCUGUGGGCGCACGUGGGCACCCCCGAGGGGCCGGUGGAGCGGGAGGCGGGCUUCAGGCGCAGCUUGACCGGCAAGCCGUGGCUCGCUGUGCCCUUCCAUGACGUAGACACGAAGCGUCGCCUCACUCAGAAGUACAGUAUCGCGGUUGGAGUCCCAACGCUGGUCAUCCGAGGGAGGGCGGUAAGGGACGCUCUCCUCAAGGACCCCAAAGGAGAGAGGUUUCCCUGGCCGGCCCCUCCACUGGACGAGGUGCUGAGAGGGGUGGAGUUGGAGGGAGAACAGAAACGAAAGUAUGAGGAGUUGCCGCCUGACGCUGUCAGGGUCUUCUACUUUGCCGCUCAUUGGUGUCCGCCGUGCCGCUCGUUCUCGCCGAGCCUGUGCGCGGCGCUGUCGGCGGUGCGCAAGCGCAGGACCAAGUACGCCAACACGCAGCUCGUGCUCGUCUCCAGCGACAGAUCCGAACAGUCGUACGCACGCACGCUGGCAUCGUUGUCUACGGCCAACGCGCUGGCUAUCCCGUGGUCGGCCAGCGAGGCGCGGCUCACGCUGCCGACGGCGCUGGGCGUGGCCGGCAUACCAGCGCUGGUCAUCACCGACGGCACCGGCAAAGUGCUCACCGCCAACGGGAGGCAACACCUGGCUGCUGAUCCCCUCGGACUGAACUUCCCGUGGGCGCAGCGGCCGGUGUCGGUGCUGAACGAGCAGGCUCUGCUGAAGAUGGCGCGCCACCCUGCUGUCAUACUGUUCGUUGACGACGAGGACUCAGAGAUCGAAUUCUCCGAAUCGGUCCUCACUCCCUCCGCCGAGUCGUACUACGAAGAGUGCAGCAUCCAGUACCCCGGCUUCUGCCCCUACCAGAACUCGUCCGACGACGAGACCAUGGACUUCGACUACACCACCAGCAAGACCUCGUCCAGGACCAAGAAGAAGUCGUUCAAGCACGUGAUGUUCUACAUCGGCAUCGACGGCACCGACAGCGCCGACAUGAUCCGCGAGCACAUCGGGCUGGACGACGCCGUGCCGCUGCUCACCGCCGUCGACUUCCCCAGGCAGCGCAUGGUCACCAUGAAGUACGGCGACGAGAUCACUACGGACUCCGUGCAGAACUUCGUCGACGCGUUCCUCAGUGGGAACGCUGACUUUAAACCCCUUAAGCCUUAUAGUGAGAAAUGUUAGCUUAUAAUUAACGUAAAACUUAGCCUACCGAAUAUCUGUUAGUGAUAGACAGACCUGGUUACAUGUAAUGUAUAGAAGAAAAUAAAGUGUCAGCUCCGACGCACGAGUGGAGUUUACUCUUUCAGAUCGACUGUCUAAAUAUGUGUAUGUUGCAAAAAAGAAAAGUGAAAGGUGCGCAGCCGAGGAACAGCAGGCUGCGGCGUGCGCGUUCGCCAGCCGUGCGCGGCAGCGCACGGUGAAAGGUGCGCAGAAUAGGUUGCGCACAAAAAGUAACGCUGUCAUUCGUUCAUCGAAUUUUACUGCCCAUAUUUUUUUUCAUACCGGGGGCUAUACAUGCAAAAUCGAUUCAUAAUGAGUAAACUCCAAACACUGUCGAAACGUAAUAAAAAUGUCCACAAAGCUAAGGAGUUUGCUAACAACAUUAAAGAACAUUCUCUAUAGUAAGUAGGUAAUGUAAUAUUAUUGUCUUGUUACGGUCAGCAAAUUUUAAGUAGUCUAUUUUGAUAGUUUAGAUUAGAAGAAGUUUAAACGAUACUGACAAAUCUUAACAAUGCUGACAUAAUUAGAAUAUUUGCAUUGUCUUUGCUGACAAGCCCAGAAGGCACUAGACGUUGAAUCUGAAGAUAAUUUCAAAGUAUUUAAUAUUAACACAAUUAUUUGUAUAGGUUAGUAUAGUGUAGUAUAGUGCUAGACCAGUUUGGGUAAGGUUAGUGUGAUUGCAGUAGCCAUAAGUUGAGAGCUAGUGUAGCGUUGCUUGUGUGACCGCAGCCUCAAUACAACCGUUUUUCAAAAUUUAUCAGUCUAAGGUCUAUGAUCUCUAAAGUUCGUUUUUUUUAAAUUGCAAAAUUUUCUAAACAAACAUGGCCGUAUUCAUCACUGACUUUAGUUGUGACGUCAUCCUAGGGAUGGGCCGUUGAUGAACUAUAUCGAGAAUUAACUACUACUAAUCGAAUUACAUCCUGCUGAAUGCCUAGUUCGGACUACUUUAGUAUUUUAUUCGAGUACGAACAAUUUUUGGAUUUACCGCCCAAAAAUUGUUCGUACUCGACUAAAAUACUAAACUAGUCUAUACGGCCUAUAAGAGAUUGUUUGUAGCAAUAAAUCUGCCUUUACAUGCAAAAUUAUGCUAGGUACUUCUAAUCUAUAAAAUAUUGUUCUACUUCUUUCUCAUUAAAUUAUUAUUUACGAAAAAAGGACUCUUUAAACUACACCUACCUACACCUAACACGGGCUUAGUAAUGCCACAGAAAACAUAUGGUAAUGCUCAGCAAAGCUUUUAUUUCGAAAAUAUAUUAAAAGAUCAUUAUUGAAGGUUAUUUAAAAUGGCGGUUAGUAGAUAUUGUAGAAAAAGUUAUUAUUUUUAAUAGAAACAUAAAGGCACGCUCUACCACACGACAAAACGUGGAUGGCAUUUUUUUGAUGUAAAGAUGGUUCAACUACUGACGAAUUAAUAAACAAGCGCAGAAAACAUACGUACAAGGUUCAAGUUAAGUGCAGACAGACAAUAAAUAAUUCAAUCCAUUCCGCUGCGGAAUCAAUAAUAAUACUCAUUACGCGUGGAAAUCAAUGUUAUUCCGUUCAUUCCAAUGAUAUUUUAUGAUUUAUUUGUUUCGGAGAAUAGCACCUACAGAUAGACAACCCUGAUGAAGUAUUAGUUGUUCCAUCUUUUUGUAUUCCAUCGUUUAAGAAAACAUUUCGGAAAAUACUUAUAUUGUUUGAAUUAUACAGUAUAAAACUUUCAUUUUCAUUUUAUUAUCUGAUUUUAAUAUCUUAUCCGCUAUUCUACCAAUAACAGUUGUCCGUCUGAUCCUUGACUGUAUUAAAUGGAAGAUAUUAGGUAUAUUAAGUAUAUUUUUAGAAAAUACCAACUUCUAGUUAUUCUAAUCUUAAAUUGUACCUAACGUACAUUGCAUUGUAUCAUAAAAAUUUCAAGGAUUAUACCUAUUGAUAGUAUCUAAACAGUCUGGCCUCAAUCCUUACUGACGCUUACAGAAAAGCAAGAAAAGUAAAUGUAUUGUUAGGACGUUUUGAAUGAAUAGACUGGACAGUUAAAUAAACUCCUAGGAUUGUAUGAACGAAAUACCAAACACAUCAAAUUAAAGUAAGGGCUCACUUAAAAUAGGCACCCGCUUCAGUGCGCGGUACUCGUUAGUCGUAACACAUUAUAGUUAUAAUGUAGAUCUUUUGUAGUCUAUAAAUUUUUACUUUUGUAUCUGUGAUCAGUUUUAUUUAAAAACAAUAAAACAUUUUGCAUUUACCUACUAUUUAAAAUCACAAAAAUAAAAAAUACUCCGUUAAA